CCUUCUUCAUAUACACUCCAUACUUUCAUACACAACUCAUAAAUGGAGAGCAAAGCUGUAGGGUUCUGCGCAGUUGUGGCCGUGCUAGGAAUAAUAUCCGCAGCAGCCGGUUUUGCAGGGGAGGCCACUAGGGUUAAGGCUUCUGAAAUUUACAUCCUGACUGAUUCGUGCGUUUAUCCAAGUAGUCCAGCUCUCGCCCUUGGAAUCAUAGCAGCGGUGUUCACGAUCAUUAAUCGAAUUUACAUCAGUGUUACUUUUGGCGGAUGUAGUUGUUGUCGAAACGACCCUAAUUCCACCCCAAUUUCAAAACUCCUUGCUGUAUUAUCAUGGGUAGCUACAGUUAUAGCUGUGUGUCUACUGCUUGCAGCUGCAGGACUAAACAACAAAGAAGGUGGACAAGUUGAUUCAUAUGGUUAUUUUACAUGUUAUGUUGUGAAGCCUGGAAUCUUUGCAACAGGAGCUGUUUUAGCUCUUUUAAGUGCAGUUUUUGGAAUUGGUGCUUAUAUAACCUUAACUCCAGCCACACAAACCACCACCACAAAUCCUGCAAUUGCAUUCCCAGCCGGUACUAAUGUUGAUCCGGAGAAAAACCCAGUACAGUACCCUCCUCAACAUUACCCUCCACAAAAAUAUUAAAAUGAAAUCCGGAGUUGUAAAUCCAUUCAUUGGUCGUUUGUUUCAUAGAGUCGGAGCCAGAUUGAUAUCAAAAUAAGAAAAAUCAUUGUAUGCAUCGUUUGUUACUUUGUUGAGGGUUCCAACUUCCAAGUAGUGUAUUUUGUCAGAUUCUUUAAUUUCCUUUGUGGUUUCUUUGCAUGCAUUGGGGUAAUUGAUUAUUUGAAA